AAGAAGCCAAAUAUUUGCAUCAAACUGAUCAUAUCGUGAAAAAUUCUUCUGUACCGCGGCUUGCAAGCCGAACUUUUUUUACAAUUGCGUUCAUAAAGAUAAUUUCUGACACUAGGAGGCUUAACGAUUUUUUAUUGGCUUACAUUACAUGAUUAUUAGCAUUUGUCAGUGUGAUUCCUUAUAAACGCAAGUAGAAGAUAAACAACGGAGCCUCCAACUACACUUGUUCCUACCCGAGUUGAGUACAACCUCUGCCGCCUUUGACUGGGAUGAGACUUUUCCUUUUAUUAAUAGGUACUGCACUAGCAGUAAACAUUGAUAAGAAGCUCCCUUUAUAUGAGGCUGAGAAGCUUACAGGAGAAGACCUUGUUGCGUAUUUGAAAAAGCACCAAAAAUUGUUUGAGGUUGGAGAAACCCCAGAAGGCAAUAGAGGGAUGCAGCAUUUGAUGGAUCCAAAGUACCUUCGCGCUAUUCGAGGUGCUCCAGUUAAGACGGUUGAUAUCGGUGAUGAGCAGUUGCCUGAAAAUUUCGACGCAAGGGAUAAGUGGCCUAACUGCAUUUCAAUUCCUUACAUUCGUGAUCAGUCCAACUGCGGCUCAUGCUGGGCUGUGUCGGCUGCAUCCGCAAUGAGCGAUAGGCUGUGCGUGCAGUCAGAAGGAAAAUUCAAUUCUUAUCUUUCUGACACCGACAUUCUAGCAUGCUGCGGAAGUGAUUGCGGUUAUGGAUGUGAAGGGGGUUAUCCCAUAGAAGCAUGGAAGUAUCUGGUGAAAUACGGUGUUGUGACUGGAGGACGUUAUCGAGAAAAGGGCGUUUGCAAACCUUAUGCCUUUCAUCCAUGCGGCAAACCAGUAGAGGGCGAGAUUUAUUAUGGCGAAUGCCCAACUUCAACAUGGCCUACACCUAGAUGCGAGAAGUUCUGUCAGCGUGGAUACCCAAUUCUUUGGAAGCAAGAUAAACAUUACGGAAUCAGCGCAUAUAAAGUUGCAUUUGAUGAGACGGAAAUUAUGAAGGAGAUUUACAAGAAUGGACCUGUUCAAGCUAGCUUUGAAGUGUACGCAGAUUUUCGCGAGUAUAAAGGCGGCAUAUAUCACCAUACCGCAGGCAGUUUUUCGGGAGGACAUGCCGUCAAGCUUCUUGGCUGGGGUGUUGAAAAUGGAGAAAAAUAUUGGCUUCUCGCCAACUCAUGGGGAAAGAAGUGGGGAGAGAACGGGGGCUACUUCCGCAUGCUACGCGGAGUGAAUGAAUGCAACAUGGAAAAUGACACAACUGCAGGAAUGUUCUACUAGACUAACUCGAAGAUAUGUCUGAAUUUCGUGAGAUAUUCAACAUAAGCGUGAUCAAUAAAGGUUCAAGAU